AGUUAAGUGCUACACAGCAUUGUUCAUGAUGAAAUACAAAACUUUCCAUCUAAAGCAUUCUUUGUGUAAGUGCAUAUAAUUCUCAGGUGUUGGCAGGUAAAGAAUGGCUCAUAUACUAUGCAAAUUGAAAUUGAUGAUUAUGGUAAAUCACUGGAAUGUGGCAAAGACUGAUUCAACUCUUGGGUAUUAAUGUGGUAUAGACUGGGGGAAGAGUGUAAAUGGAUCCCUCGUCAAACUUAAAGGGGCGUGAAAUACCAUCUUGCCAAAAUGUGGGUGGGGUUCCAAAGUUUCUGCUUAUAUAAGGGGAUUCUAACAGAUGGGAGGUAGAGCGUAGGAGUGCCUCACACCCCAAUCGUCAACCAACUUCACACUUUCUUGGCUACAGUUUCUCAGGCCUACUGUUCAAGGCAUCUUCGCAAUGCCAUCAAACCUCCUUACACCUUUCCUGGAGUUGGAUGAGGAAUUUUGCAAGACUUUUCAGAGUCUAGAAGUGCAAGAUGGGUCGCGACGCACAGUGGGUUUCCAGCGCAGACAUUCCCUGUGCCCUGUCACACUUCCCAACUCCAAAUUCAACAUCGGUGGAGGAGUCCUAGAUCCCACAGACGACCUCUGGUCCCUCACAAGCAUUACUAACCAGCCAUGGAGCCGGGAGCAGCUUCCACGCUCUGCCCUACAGCGCAUCCCGUUUCGGGCUGACCGCUCCGUGAGUAUGAUCGAAGGACACGUGAGCGGUGAGUCCACCCUACCUCCGCCCCCGGGGUUAAGCAUCUCGCCCCCGGGGCUGAGCAUCUCGCCCCCGGGGCUGAGCAUCUCGCCACCGGGCCUGAGCAUCUCGCCGCCGUCUCCACGAGCGACGCCUGUGCCCGUGGUUUCCGCGCGCUACAAGACCGAGCUUUGCCGCACGUACGAGGAGAGCGGAGCGUGCAAGUACGGCGCUAAGUGCCAGUUUGCGCACGGCGCGGAGGAGCUGCGCGGCCUCAGCAGGCACCCCAAGUACAAAACCGAGCCGUGUCGCACCUUCCACACCGUGGGCUUCUGUCCGUAUGGCGCGCGCUGUCACUUCAUCCACAAUGCCGACGAGCUUCAGCAACAGCAUCAGGUCGUGGGCGCCCCACGGGAGCGGCCGCGCCUGUUGCGCCAGAGCGUCAGCUUCGCCGGCUUUUCCUCCCGAGCCACUGUAACCGCCUUCCAGGCCUUGCCGGAUCCCCUCGCGUUCACCAGAGCCGCAUCCGUGUCACCUCCACCAUCAUCUUCGUUUGCGUGCAGCCCAGAUCUCCCCUCUCCACCGCUGCUCCACGAGCACGGAGAUCUGAAGCCCGAUUUUGGGUUCACGACCAAUAUUACGCUUAGUGACCGGAUCGCGGCUCUGCAGCGCAGCGCGUCCGCGGACUCGCUCUCCGACCACGACGGCUACUCCAGCUCCGGGAGCAUGAGCGGCUGCGACUCGCCUGGUGCAGAUGCAUGCAGGCGACUUCCCAUCUUCAGCCGCCUGUCUGUCUCAGACGAUUAAUGAACAAUCUGUGCAUAUUGCAUAUAAGCUUUGUUAUAGAUUUCCUUUGUUACUUCUUUAUCAGAUUCAAAAGUUGACAGAAAAUUCCAUAGUUUCGAAUUAACACCUAUAACUCUGAUAAUUAGAUGGGGAAAAUUGCGACCACGUGACCUAAUCUGAUCCUAACACUAUUGGUGUUAAUUGAACACUGGCUUUUUUUUUUUGCUGUGUGCCAAUGUAUACUGUUGUAUACCAGUUAAAACUAUACUGGGUAUUUCAUACACCUUUUUUUGUCUCCCAGAUGCAUGGAAAAGUUCUGAGAACAUUUUCUGUAUUUGCAAAGUUGUAAAGAAUUAAGCAAUAGUACAGAUAUUGCAUGUCCCACUACAUGCAACCAUCUGUGGCUUUAACCAAAGCUGAUCAACUUUAGUCUCUAUUUAGAUGUAGGCUGAUCCCUAACCUUGAACCCAGACAUGUACUGUAAACAAAGUGUAGCCUUUAGUGAAGGCAUUUUAUAAACUGAUAGUUUGACAUAGUAGCUUGAAUUAGUUUCUCGUCUAAGAUUUUAUUUAUUGCCCAUUUUUAUUCUACUGUGGUUGCUUUUUGAUACGAUUUAUUAUGCAUUUUUACACAGUAAACGCCUCUCUUGCUUCGUUAGAGCGAUUUCUCAGCUUUAAGUGAGACCAGCAGUAUGGACUCUGAAUGUAGAAAUCUCAGGAUCAUAAGUGACAAAAAACUCCACCACUUUCUUUUGUAUGCUUCUGGAUGCUUACUGAGAUCAUUAUUUGGGCUCAAUCAUUACAAACAAUUGUGAGUGUGCGUGAGUGUAUGUUUGUGUGUGUGUGCAGUGUGACAAUGUAUCAGGAAAAAAAAAGUGCUUCACCAUCUUAGUCUCUUGCACUGUCAAUCUGUAUUAUAGAGACAAAAGAUGCUAAGUUCUUGUAGAAUGCAAUGUAUACAUGUAGGAAAGAGUGCAUUUUCUGACUUAUUGAUUUAAAGCUUACAAUGUAUUAGGUCCUUUUUGGAAGUUUUAAAGACCCUGCAAAUUUCUCUCUUAGUUGCCUGUGUAAACUGUUGCCUUUUGUUAACUUAAACUUAUUUAUUUGUUCUUUUUUUCAGUGCAAGAAAAAACAGUAUAAUGUGUAUGAUUUUGUAUUGUUUCAUAUAUAAUUUAAAUUGACUGUUUACAUUCCUUUGGGUUGUGAUCCCCACUUUAUAAUAUAUUGUCGAUUGUUUUGAAAUAAACU